AAAUAAUGAUGCAGUUGACUUUGUCUAUUUUCUGAAAAAACAAAAUCAAUAAGGGCAGAAAAGUAAUUGUGGUCCUCUGCAUCUCAUUCUCCUCCUUCAUCCUUUGCCAUUUGGCUCCUCUCUCACAGAACUAAAUAUACAUACACUUUUCUUAUAUAUAUAUACAAAUCUGCUCCCACAUAGAGAUAGGAGAGAGAGAGAGAAAGCACUUCCACCAUUUUAGCAGAGCUGCAUCCACUAACACGCACAACAGCCUGAAAUGUAGGAGCAUUCGAGGAGAACGAAAAGGAUGGCGUCUUCAGCGAGAGCCAGGAUCAGCAAAAUCUUCACUGCCUCCUCCAAACAGCGUAGUUUCGCGCCACCUCGCGCGCUCGGAUCCCCUUCCUUCUCGACCUCCGCAGCCGUUGCCGCCCCCGAGCCGCAGGAGCCGGCGGAGGCGCUCGGCGGGUCGAGAAUUAUGGGGAUGGUUAAAGACUACGAGGAUUAUAGGAGGAAUCUGUACGGUGGAUUGACGCAUAAUGCUCUACUCGUUGAUGCAGUCGGAACACUCGUCGUUCCGUCUCAACCUAUGGCUCAGAUUUAUCGGCAGAUUGGUGAAAAGUAUGGAGUCGAGUACUCUGAGCGCGAGAUACUGAAUAGAUAUAGAUGGGCUUAUGAGCAGCCUUGGGGUCGAUCACGCCUCAGGUAUGUGGAUGAUGGGAGACCAUUUUGGCAGUAUAUAGUGAGCUCGUCUACGGGCUGUUCAGAUUCUCAAUACUUUGAGGAGUUGUAUAACUAUUAUACUACUGAAAAGGCAUGGCACCUAUGUGAUCCUGAUGCUGAGCAAGUGUUCCGGGCACUUAGAAAAGCGGGGGUAAAAGUAGCAAUUGUGUCUAACUUCGACACUAGGUUAAGACCAUUGUUGAAAGCACUGAAGUGUGAUCACUGGUUUGAUGCUGUUGCUGUGUCUGCUGAAGUCGAGGCAGAGAAGCCAAAUCCUAUGAUAUUUCUUAAAGCUUGUGAAUUCUUGGGAGUACAACCCGAGGAUGCUGUACACGUUGGUGAUGACCGUAGAAAUGACAUAUGGGGUGCCCGAGAUGCUGGUUGCGACGCCUGGCUCUGGGGAAGUGAUGUUAAAUCCUUCAAAGAGGUUGCUCAAAGAAUAGGGGUUGAGAUUUGAAAGCAGUCAGUUGCGUCACGACAAAGACGAAUGCUGCUGUUGUAUGAAGAUUCCAUCCUGACUGUAUAUACAUCUUUUCUUGCUUUCUUCUUGUUUUUCAUCUGUAUAAGGGAGGUGAGAGAGGCCAGUGUAGUGUUAGAAUAAAGAGCAGAAAUAAACUGGCGUUUGGAUUUUCUGGUUACUAGACUGACUGAGCGCUUUGGAUAAUACAGUAGAUCUUAUGUUGGACUUAA